AUGACCAGCAGCGGCCCCGCUCCCCUCCUCCUUCCACGGCGGCCCCUUGGCUCUACAGGCCUGGAAAUUUCCGUACUUGGUUUUGGAGCUUCCCCUUUGGGUGGCGUGUUCGGGGAUAUCGACGAAUCCGCUGCGAUCGAUACCGUACACCACGCCGUCCGACGCGGGAUUAACUUCUUCGACACCUCGCCGUACUACGGACUGACCAAGUCUGAGACGGUACUGGGUCGGGCGCUCCGAGACCUACCCCGUUCCGAUGUCGUACUUUCCACCAAGGUUGGCCGGUACGGCAGCGGCAGCGACCCAGCAGACUUUGACUUCAGUGCACAGCGCGUAACCACCAGUGUGGCGGAGUCGUUGGAGCGGCUGCAAGUGUCGUACCUAGAUGUCGUACAUUGCCAUGACAUUGAGUUUGGGGACCUUGACCAGAUCGUCAACGAGACGCUCCCCGCCUUGGCCCAGCUUCGGUCCCGGGGUAUUGUACGACAUGUGGGUAUCAGUGGUCUCCCCCUGGAGUCAUUCCAUUACGUACUGGACAGGGCGCCGCCAGGCUCCGUGGAUGUCGUACUGUCGUACUGCCAUUACUGCCUGAACGACACCACGCUCCUGGGCAGCCUGCCGUAUUUCCGCUCCAAGGGUGUUGGUGUCAUCAACGCCUCCCCCCUAUCCAUGGGUUUGCUGACGCGGCAAGGCCCCCCCUCCUGGCACCCCGCACCCCCCCAAUUGAGAAAGAGGGUGGAGGCGGCCGCCGUACAUGCCGCGCAACGUGGCUGGGACAUCGCAGAAUUGGGGCUGGGUUUCGCAGUCAGGUAA